AUGUCCGCGGUGAGCGGGGAGCCUAUGCUGCGCCGCGUGAAGCAGGAAGCGGAGCCCCCGCCCCAGUACUCGCCAGAAACGCUCGCGGAGCACCCGCCUCACCGCCCGGUGCCGAUGAUACAUGCUCCCCAGCUGGAGCUCGAGCCAAAGGAGGAGGUGAAGUUCUGCGUGUCGCCGGAGAACGGUGUAGUUGGCAACACCAGCCCGGAGCAGCAGCACUGCUCGUCGACGACUGCUGCAGCCGCGGGGGGCGCGCGGGACGAGGAUUCGCCGCGCCGCUAUUGCCUCGUGUGCGGCGACGUCGCCUCCGGCUUCCACUACGGAGUCGCGAGCUGCGAAGCCUGUAAAGCCUUCUUUAAACGGACCAUACAGGGCAAUAUAGAGUACACGUGUCCGGCGUCCAACGAGUGCGAGAUAAACAAGCGGCGGCGCAAGGCGUGCCAGGCGUGCCGCUUCCGCAAGUGCCUGCGCACCGGGAUGCUGCGUGAGGGCGUGCGCCUGGACCGCGUGCGCGGCGGCCGCCAGAAGUACCGCCGCGCGCCCGACGCGCCCGCGCACCCCGCGCCCCGCCCGCCCCUCGACGACAUCAAGGGGCGGGCUCCGCGCUGCAAGCAGCCGCCGGGCGGCGGCGGAGAAGUACCGCCGCGCGCCCGACGCGCCCGCGCAACCCGCGCCCCGCCCGCACCUCGACGACAUCAAGGUGAGCUGCAGCGCUGCAAGCAGCCGCCAGAAGUACCGACGCGCCCGCGCAGCCCGCGCCCCGCCCGCACCUCGACGACAUCAAGGUGA